AUGAAGAAGUUCCAGACGAAUCCGUCGGUCUUGGCGGGAAAAGAUGCGAAGAAAAUCAUUCGCAUGUACAACAAAAUUUAUGGUGCAGAGGACAUUGACAUGCUAUUUGUUGAUAAAAAUAAUUAGACGAUAUUUUAUUGAUCAUGACCAUUCGCAUUCAGUUUGGUAUUCAUAAGAAAUUUGACAAGAUGCAUCUUCAAUGUUGCCAUGGUUUCUCUCAUCCCUAACUGUAUCUAUGAUUGAGCAACCCACCACCUGAAGAUUCUAAACUUCGGCCAAAACGCUUGUCGAGUUUGAGACUCUGUGGUAUCAAGCAUGGGUGCACUCAGUGGACGUGGCGAAGAGCGGACUGCAAGCAACGUUGAUCGUGCGUCACCCCGAUGACGGCAAGUUGCAUGUCAACUUCGACUGGGAAAUCCUACAAUUGAUCCGCGAAACUAAGUGCUUGGACCGCAUGGGAAUCGAAAUCCCGGAGUCCGCCAAGAUGGUCCUGCUGCAGGAGUCCAAGUUCAAGGGCUACUACAACGAGCUCUCCUUCAUCUUGAGGGAGUAUCGGCGCAUCGUGCAGAUGGUCCGACCUAUCGCGUCGAACUUGCUCAAACCGCACCUGGACAACCUCGAGUUCCAAUUGCGACCGGGUAUGGUCACACUCACGUGGACCAGUAUGAACAUCGAAGGCUAUUUGGACAACGUGUGGCGGGAGUUGAAGAAGCUGGAGCAAUUGGUUUUGACCGCAAACGAUGUGAUGGAGAACCGAGUGGAUGCGAAUCUGAAGACUGUUGCACGUGUGAUGCUCAUCUCCAUGCCGGAAGAAGGAGAAACGGUGCACUUAGAGGACUUUAUCGAGCAGCAAGAAAGGCAUGUCCGUGACAUGACGAACUACCUGAUGUUAUGAUGAAGAAGUGAAGUUCAUAUUGUACUUGAUUUGCUCUGAAACAAAGAAGUUGUUGGGAAGAAGAUAUGGAUCGGUCCUAUUUAGUUCGAGUGAACGAUAGAUGAGUAGAACAAUCUACUACUACACAAGAAGCAGGUUGUAAAUGAGUAACUCAUAAUUAUAGAGGAAUCGUGAAUUAUUAAGUCCUCUAGUAGUUGUACUACUUUAUCGACUAGUACUAGACCAAGAUUGAUCGAUUAGAUGUUUCGGUUUCUAUGAGAUUGAGAUUAUCAUCCAGGUCUAGCUAUGUACCAUAACAUUUUCAACAGCUUUUCUAAUCACAGCGAAAAGCAUCGAGAUCGAGGCUGCAGUGGACGACCUCUUGGGUCAAAUCGUUGGAUUUCCGAUCGACCCUCACGUGAGGGGCGUUUCUGAGUCCGAGAUCAUCAAAGUAAAGGCCCACUACAAUUGGUCUAUGUACCAAGCCAUCUUGAACGGCACUCGCAGAUCACUCGCAGGCAUCAAAUCCAGACUAGCAGUGGCACGAGAAGCGCCAGACGGAUCUGCCGUGGCCGCUGGUAGCGUAGCGAACAAGCUGAUGUCUUUGACAGUCGGCGGAGGCGCAGGCGGAGGCGCAGGUGGCGGCGGCGGAGCUGGCGGAGGUGGUGCAUCGCCAGCAGGCAAGGGUCGUGGUGAUGACGACGACGAAAAGGACAAGAGCAAUGAGGAGAGCACAUUGCUACCGCCAUUCUUCGACGUGGAUUUGCAACUAGAUGGUAUUGGUGUGCGUCUGAAGCCAAGCGUUCAAGAGAUCCAGAAUGCGGUAAACGCUGGCGCAGUGGCAGUCCUAAAAUGCUCGAAGAUGAUCGACGCGUGGGAUACAGUCACCAUCCCCAAGAACGUGCAAUUGGUUAUCAAUCCCAACCUCCCUCCCGUAGUCGGCUCGGGCUCCCAGGGCACCUACUACGACCGCAUCGCGCAGGACAAGGAGAUCCUGAAGGUCAUUUUGCUGUUGACAGGAUCGAUCCAGAGUGCCAAGAAGGAGUGCGAAAAGUUUGUGAAAAAGUUCGAGCGUUUCGCACUCUUGUGGAGCCGCAACGCAGAUGAGGAGUACGAGAAGUUCCGCGCAAACGAACCGAGUCUCCCUGAGUUCGAGGCCAAAUUGAAGGAAUUUUUGCGCCACGCGCAAGACGCAGGCAGUGUGGAGAAAUCAACGCAGAUAUCGGCGUUGUUUAUGGCCUGAUGUUGUGGUUGUGUCACAAAUUCUAAACAGAACAAAUGUUAGACAUUAUUUUUACUUCAGAGUGAGUCCAUGCUAAGCCAUUAUUUGGGUCCCAACCUGCGACCUGGUGCUUCAGCAGCAAACUUCUACUACGGAUACUUAAUACUAGUCUUGUGGUUUGAUACUAGUUGUGGUUUAAUCCAUACUGUUAAUACUUAAACUACUACGGAUAUUCAGAUUUUGCAAUGACCCUCCCUCCUCUAAUUCCUGCCUCAAAACCGAGAACCUUACCGGAAACUUGCAGCAAUUGGCUGAGCGCUGGAAAACGACUUUUGCGAAGAAGCUGCACUUGAUGGCCAGAAUCAAACUCGACACUGUCGGAGAAAUGGUCAAGCACACCACCAAGCGGCUCCACCGUGAGGUAGCGGAGGGUGAUAUCGAUGCAUUGGGAUACGUAAUGCAGACACUCAUUAUGGUCUUCUCACAGCAAUUUUCUAUUUAAUGGAAUUGGAAAUGAACUAGAAACUACCAAUCGUUGGUAACAAAGCAGUCACGGUUCAUCUUGAGGGUAGAUGUACUAUUGCGGUGGACGCAUUUUCCUAAAUGCACUUUCUUCUUUGACUUAACUGAAGGAUCAAGAAAACAUGGGACUCCCCUUUCAUACUCACCGAAGUGCGUGCGAAGCAGAGCGAGAUUGAGCUGGAAUUCGGACCGAUCACCCACAUGUACCAGAUCUUGGACCUCUACGUGCCUGCAAUGUUAUGAUUGACCUUAGUAGCAGCAUUCACCAGUGCUUUAAUUGGUUCCUGCAGGAGUCGCUCUCAUGAUCCUAUUUAAUAGUUAAUACUAGAACAAUUCUUGUUGUUGCUGCUACUCGAAAACUGAAAAUAACCGAGUUACUGACUGAAAUAAGGGAGGUAGCUUUGACAGGGCUACUCUUCCUUGUUCAGUAUCUCGCUUAUUUUAAGUAGUUACUCGCUUAUUUCAGUUUAUCGAAUAUCUAGUUUCAAGAUCGAGCAGGUUUACAUUCAAAAGUUUGUUGACCAUCCACUUCUACCAAAGCAUCUUCUCUAACCCCCAUAGACAAGGAUGAACAGGACCAGCGAUCGAUGCUCCGAAACAACUGGGACAAACUUUUGCAGGAGAGCGAGGCCCGCCAGGAGUUCCUGUCCAAGCAACAAGCGGAACAUAAGCGCAUGCUGAUCACCACUGUGAACGCUUUCAAGAAAGACGUCCGAGUGUUCCGAGACCACUAUGAGCGCAACGGUCCCAUGGUUCGCGGCAUCCCGCCAGCUCAGGCAGUAGAACGCCUAAGACGGUUCCAGGAGGAGUUCGACAUUCGACAGAGAAAAAGGCAAAUCUACAGACUGGGAGAAGACCUCUUCGGCUUACCCCAUCAACAAUAUCCGCAGCUCGACAAGACGGAAUCCGAGCUUUCUUAUCUGUCGCAGUUGUACGACUUGUACGUGGUGGUUCUGGAUACGAUUAGGGAGUGGAAGGAGUUGUUGUGGAGUGAGGUACCAGACAACAUGGAGAAGAUGAGCAGUGCUACCGAAAAGUUCGCUGCACGUUGCAAGAGGAUUUAUGGCCACGAAAUAAUUGUAGUUCUUUCUCGUAGUGUUUGCACGAGGAUGGCAUAUCAGAACUUUGAUAUUUUCAGAGCUAGCGUAGUGUUUGCACGAGGAUGGCAUAUCAGAACUUUGAUAUUUUCAGAGCUAGCGUAGUGUUUGCACGAGGAUGCCAUAUCAGAACUUUGAUAUUUUCAGAGCUUGAGGACUCAUCUUUUCGACAUCCUCACCAUAUUCGGCUAGGUGGGCAAGAUGAAAUGAUUUAAGCUUCUCCUCACUACUCAUUGUUCCAACCCCGUUAAACGUCUAACGUCUGCCAAAAGUGUUGCGUGAGUGGGAAGCGUACCAUGAACUGAAGAAGCAAAUUGACGAUUUCUCCGAAGUGCUGCCUCUGUUUUUGGAACUGUCGAAGAAGUCAAUCAUGCCGCGACACUGGAAGCAAGUGAUGGACUUGACGUUAUGGACCUGAGGUGUAGUAGAAUAGAUAUUUUUAUUUAGCGUAGUUGUAGAUUUAGAUUUAGAUAUUUACUUAGCUUAUGUUUAGACGUUCAUGUCCUCAUCCAGCACUGUUCUCUCUGCUUCAAGGCAUAUUUACUUAGCGUAGUAGAUGUAGAUUUAGAUUUAGAUAUUUACUUAGCUUAUGUUUAGACGUUCAUGUCCUCAUCCAGCACUGUUCUCUCUGCUUCAAGGCAUAUUUACUUAGCGUAGUAGAUGUAGAUUUAGAUUUAGAUAUUUACUUAGCUGCCUUAGAAGAAAGACUGUAGGUCUAGCGUCUAGACUCACUGUGAUUUCGAGUACUCGUGGUACGAAAUUUUCAAGUUUUUUGUAAUUAUGCCAGGUUGUGGUGCAUAUCUGCUCUAAUACCAGGCAAAGACCUACCAGUAGAAAGCGAAACCUUCAAGCUACAGAGUUUGAUUGACGCGAACCUCAACGAGUUUGCUGACGAGGUGAACGAUAUUUGCGAGAGCGCGGAUAAGCAGUUGGUAUUUGUUGAUUCUAGAUGAAUCUGUUGAUCGAUCGCUAAUGUCGGAUUUGAAACAAGAUUUCCCUCUCUUCUUGCCACCAGCUGCAAUUCACCAUACUAGGUACUUAAUCGAGAGAUCUUGCAUGACUACCCUUCUGAUUUGAUGAAGACCAGUAAUCAGAACAAGAACAAGGGUCCUGACUCUCAUUACCAACACAAAAACUCACCAUACUAGGUAAUCGAGAGAAAACUUGCCGAGAUCGGUGAGCAAUGGGCAGAGUACACCUUCGAGUUCGCCACCUGGAAAACCCGCGACUAUCCUUGCUGCCUUGCUGGCGGUAAAGUUGUGGAGAUUCAGGAGAUGUUGGAGGAGACUAUUAUGGGAUUGAAUACGAUGAACGCCCAAAGGCACAGCAUGCCUUUCAAGGAGGAAUUAGGCACAAUUACGACCACUUUGUCCGACACUGCGGAUACAAUCGAAAAAUGGUUCAAAGUGCAGCAAUUGUGGACCAGUUUGGAAAGCGUUUUUCUUUAAGGCUUUAACAUUCCUUUUCGUCUUCAUCCGCAGAGAACUGCCACAUUCUUGUACUACUCACAGAAAGCUGCUAUUUACCUGAGCACAUCUUCUGUGUCUUCGCGCUCUUUCCUUUGAGAAAGCAACAUCUUCUAAUCCCCAGCGGGAGAUAUCAUGAAGCAGAUGCCUAUGGAAGCGAAGAAGUUCCAGCAGAUCGACAAGGACUGGGUGAAAAUCAUGGCCAAAUCAGCUGAAAUGAGGAAUGUUGUGCAGUGCUGCCAAAACGACAUGCUCAAACAGAUGCUGUUAAGGUUUACCGUAAUUCAUCUCAAGCAGCAUCUUUGGCGCCUUUUGUGAGGGAGAAACACGACGGGAAACAUGUCUUUAAGAAGGUGAAUUACGGAGAGGUCUAAUGCUGCCAGUCUUGUCCCAAGGCCUCGAAGCCUGCCAAAAAUCGCUAGAGUCCUACUUGGAGGGUAAGCGAAACAAAUUCCCGCGAUUCUACUUCACCUCCGAUCCGGCGCUCCUGAAGAUCCUGUCCCAGGGUUCCGAUCCAGAACAGAUCCAGGACGACUUCGAGAAGUUGUUUGAUUCAAUUUCCAAGGUCACCUUUGAUCCGAAGGAUAAGAAGAAGAUCGUGCAGAUCAAGUCCGUAGCAGGUAAUGCCGAAGAAAUUGUGCGUCUUGUGCAGCCAACCAUGUGCGUGGGGAACAUCGAAGACUGGCUCAAUGCACUGGAGGCGGAAAUGCAACGAUCAGUGAGAAAAGAUUAUGGAGACAAUAAAGGCAUGAUCAUUUCUCCCACGCUAUCGUUUUUGGGAACCGCCAGUAAUCCUAGUACGAAUUUGCAAUCUCAUCCCUCUAACCCAAAUGCAAGAUCGCGUGCGUGGAUUGCGGCAACAUCCUACAAGGUUUGAGCCUCAAGGAUUUCUCCGAUCGUUACAUUGCGCAGGUUGCGUUGCUCGGUAUUCAAGUCAUCUGGACUGCGGACUUCCAGGAUGCCUUGACCAAGAUGAGCAAGGAGCGCGAUAAAACCAUCAUGGCAACAACCAACAAGAAGUUUUGUCAGAUGAUGCAAGAUCUAGUAGCAAUCUGUCUGACGGACUUAGGAUCCUCGAUGAACCGAACCAAGUUCGAAACGUUGGUGACUGUGCACGUACAUCAGAAGGACUUGUAUCAGGAGGUGUGGAAAAAGGUGAAAGAGCAGAAGGUGAAGGACGAGAACGACUUCGAGUGGCUGAAGCAGACGCGUCUGUACUGGAAGAGCGACAUGGAGCAUGUGCGAAUUUCGAUUGCCGACGUCGAUUUCACCUAUUCCUACGAGUACCUUGGAUGCAAGGAACGAUUGUGUAUCACGGCACUAACGGAUCGAUGCUACGUCACUCUGUCGCAGGCAUUGGGCAUGUUCUUGGGCGGCGCGCCAGCGGGUCCGGCAGGAACAGGCAAGACGGAGACAGUGAAAGAUAUGGGUCGUACUCUGGGUGUCUUCGUCGUGGUCACCAACUGCUCCGACCAACAUCGCUUCCGCGACAUGGCUAAGAUCUUCAAAGGUACUUUCGUCUUGCUUCAUGUUUUAGAGCAGUAAAGAAUGACGAAGUAGUUGUCCUAAGCCUUUUCCAUUCUUCCAUCGUACAUCCUUGUUGUAGGCUUUUUCAGGAGUAGUAGUGCCAUUGUGACGAGGUGGAAGUCACCUCUUUUGUCAAAAUGUUAGGUCUCUGCAUGUCCGGUCUCUGGGGUUGCUUCGACGAGUUCAACCGCAUCGAAUUGGAGGUGCUUUCCGUGGUCGCAAUGCAGGUGGAAUCGAUCACGCAGGCUAAGCGACAGAACGUGAAGACCUUCCUUUUCCCCGGGGAACGCGAACCAAUCAAGCUCGUCCCGGCUGUCGGGUACUUCAUCACGAUGAACCCGGGUUAUGCAGGCCGCCAGGAAUUACCGGAGAACUUGAAAGUUCUCUUCCGCAGUGUGAGUAUGAUGAUGCCGAAUCGCGAGACGAUCAUGAAGGUCAAACUGGCGUCCGUCGGAUACUCAAUGAUGGACAUCCUAGGAAAGAAGUUCUGCAUCCUCUACGCUCUGUGCGAACAGCAGCUGUCCAAACAACGUCACUACGACUUCGGACUGCGGAAUAUCCUCUCGGUGCUACGUACAAGCGGAACAGUGAAGCGAUCCGAGCCAGCCGACGCCGACGAAGAAAUGCUCUUCAUGCGAACGGCGCGCGAUAUGAAUCUUUCAAAGUUAAGAAUAGCAGGAAUCAAGUUUUACUACUUCAUUAGAGGUUUCAUCAUACUACUACUUCUAUAUCAGAAAUAAUCUACUACUUCUUCUAAAGCAGGACGACUCAAGAUUUACAACUACUUCACUAUAAUUAUCAUACAAUCUAAAUUUCGUCAUUUUGAUGAACUAAUGAAUCCCUUCUUCUAAUCCCGCUUGUCGCCGACGACGUGCCUCUCUUCCUGGCUCUGCUGAAGGAUUUGUUCCCGAAAACGCAGGAACCACCGAAAAAGGUCUACCCCGAAGUCGAGAGCGGCUCUCAGAAGAUCGUGAAACGCAAGAAAUUGACCCUUUUUGGCCCUUGGAUGUUGAAGAUCGUGCAGUUGUACGAGACGUCCUUGGUCCGUCACGGCUUCAUGCUGGUGGGACCGACCCUGUGCGGCAAGACCGAGAUCAUGACCACCUUGACAACCUGUCACACGGAGAACAACAACGCGCAUCGAGUGCAGGUGAUGAACCCGAAGGCGAUCACGGACUCGCAGAUGUACGGAAUCAAGGACCCGGUCAGCGAAGAGUGGACACCUGGUGUUUUCGCAAGUAUCUGGCAGAAGUACAACAAUAGAACUUUGAAGUACACGACUUGGAUCGUGUGCGACGGUCCAGUCGAUGCUAUCUGGAUCGAAAAUCUGAACACAGUGCUAGAUGAUAACAAGAUUCUCACGCUGGCCAACAACGACAGAAUCCCCAUGACGGACAACUGUCGUAUUGUCUUCGAAGUCGAGAACUUGCGCAAUGCUAGUCCAGCCACCGUCUCUAGAGCAGGAAUCAUCUACAUCUCUGCCUCGGAUCUGGGUUGGCGUCCGGUCGUGGACUCCUGGCUCGCCAAGCGUGUCGAAAUCGGCCAGAACCGCGGUGAAGAAGCCACCAUUCUCAAAGAUCUCUUUGACAAGUGGUUGUCGACGCCGCCACCCAACGCAGGACCAGUCAACGACCUCUUUGACUACCAAGUUCGCAACACGCAAACCGUCAUGCCAUUGAAUGAUGGUGUGAUCACCUCCAACGUGUUAAACCUGCUUUCCGCCAUGCUGCAGCCACACUGCCAGAGCAACGAAGUGCUGACGCCUGACGCUUACCGCCGCAUGCUUUUGUUCUGCGUCUGCUGGGGAUUUGCAGGCUUGUGUGAACCAGAAGAACGAGACAAGUUCUACAAGAAGAUGAUCGAAGUCGUUAAAUUUCACAAGCACACGGACUUUAUGGAUGGAUGGAUGGAAUGAACAUGAAGGUCUUUUUCCCGAAGAGGGUUCCUUUUCGUAAAUACGAAUUCUGGUCUUGUAGUUAUUCUUAUUUCAUUUCAUCAUUGUGAGUAGUAGUUAUUCAUUUUUGUUCUGUAGUCCUCGUACUUUUCACAGUGCGUUUAACCUGUAAAUUGACCACAACUUCUACUCCUUUUACGGUACCACCAAAGCGGUUUCUAAUCCCCGCCUACCCGCUACCCAAGGCGAUGAGAACAUCUUCGAUUACGUGCCGGAUCCGGCUAGUAAGACCAAGAACUGGAUCGUCUGGCAGACCGAGCAGUGGAAGCCACCAAAGAAAUUGAUUUUCUCCUCUCUGUUGAUUCCUACGCUGGAUUCCACGCGUGCCGAGUAUUUGAUCGACGUGAUUGCGAAGUACGACAAGACUCGCACACCGACAAGCUACAAGAGCACGCUGAUGGUCGGCGCUGCUGGCACUGCGAAAACGAGCACGGCUCUGAUGUACUGUUCCAGGUUCUCGAUUGACACGAUGCUGUCCAAACGUAUCAACUUCUCCUCCGCCACUACGCCUUUGAACUUCCAACGCACCGUUGAGGCUGAGGUCGAGCGCAAAACGGGUAAGACCUUCUGCCCGCCAGGUGGGAAGUCCAUGACCCUGUUUUUGGACGAUUUGUCGAUGCCGAUCGUCAACAAGUGGGGAGAUCAAGUGACAAACGAAUUGACAAGACAGUUGAUGGAAUUUGGCGGCUUCUACUUCCUCGACAAGGACAAACGUGGCGACUUCAAAAUCGUGGAAUCCCUUUCCUUUGUCGGCGCUAUGGGUCAUCCAGGUGGCGGCCGCAACGACAUCCCGAACCGUCUGAAGAGUAAGUUCUUUUAAGGCUCAACUUUCAGUGGUCACCAUUUAGAUUGGAGUCACCAUUUAGAUUGGAAGAGGCGACCCCUUCUUGAGAGAACCAACAGGGGAAAGAAACGAAGGGAAAAGAAAGGAAAGAGCUUUGAAGGGGGUCAGUCUCUUCACCGUUCAGAGUCAUGAUAAAGAGCUUUGAAGGGGGUCAGUUUCUUCCGUUCAGAGUCAUGAUGCUUUGAAGGGGGUUUCUGGUUUCUUCCGUUCAGAGUCAGAGUCAUGAUGACCACAUUGAAUGCUGAGCUUUAAUUCUUCCUCUUCAACAUGGUUUUGCCUAGUGUAGUGUCAGUCGACAACAUCUACGGUAGCAUUCUGCGAGCCAGGUUCACCCCGAAGAACGGAUUCGGGGAUAAAGUCAUCAACAUUUCGAAGAAACUGACUGCCAUCACGAUCGACGUGUGGAAGCAAGUCGGCAAGAGCUUGUUGCCGACUCCAGCUAGGUUCCACUACAUCUUCAACAUGCGCGAGCUGUCUCGUGUCUUUCAGGGCAUUCUGGAAACGCCGGCGAACGUUAAGGACGCAAGUUGAUGUUCACUGUGACUUUGAUAUUUGAAUUUGAAUUUGAAGGCACAUGUAGUAUGUACAGUCUGUUUACCGUGCGCAGCACGUCAUGACUCAAGUCAUAGUUUUUUUUUUGCAUCGAUGAACUUGAUCGAAGUAAAAAGUAUCCGUCAAUUUCUUCAAGCCGGAAGAACCAAACUACCUCUUUUUACCAUUAAAUUUAUCACGAGAUCACUCUAGAACACCUCGUCCUAUUCCUACCUCAUCCUCUAACUCCCUCGUCGGCUCCGACGAAGUCCGUAUCGGCUCUUUGUGGAAACACGAAGUGACGCGCGUUUUCGCGGAUAAACUAGCGCGACAGCAGGACAAGGACUUCGUGGACAAGGUGAUCUGCGACUAUCUACGUGACCACUUCGGUGAAGACAUGUACAACAAGGUGCUCGAGGCGCCUCAGUGGUGGGCUGAUUUUCAGUUAUGGACCAGUCGUGGUUGUGGUAUUGUUUUUUUCAACAUCAGUCUGCUCUCACACACUCACCUGGGGUGUGAGCGUUAAUCUCGGUGCGAUCCUAGGCUUUUCAGCCCAUGACUGAGUAGAGGGAACGAAAAUGGCACAAGAUGAAGAAACACUUCUGGUGAAUUCGCAAGCAUACUCUAAUCCAGCGUGAAGGUUCAGAAGAUCCGGAGACUGGAGAAGAACUUCCAGCACCCAAGGUCUACGAGCCCAUCAAGAGCAUGGACUUUGUGCGGAACAAGGCCUACGAAUACCUGAAGAAGUUCAACGAACAGUUUCCGGCAAAAGCAAUGAAUCUAGUCCUCUUCGACGACGCCAUGAAGUACAUGAUGCGCAUCAACCGCAUCAUCCAGUGUCCACGUGGCAGUGCGAUGUUGGUUGGUGUUGGCGGCAGUGGAAAACAGAGUCUGACGCGAUUGGCGAGUUACAUCUCGAGACAGAAGAGCUUCCAGAUCACGAUCACGAAGUCCUACAACGACAACGCGCUAUUCGAAGACUUACGAGGCUUGUACAUUGCCGCUGGCGCUAAGAACGAACCUGUGGCUUUUCUGUUCACCGACGCAGAAGUGAAGAACGAAGGCUUCUUGGAAUACUUGAACUCGAUUCUUAUGGCUGAACGUACAACUCCGUACCGUCUGGAAAUUCAACUCUGUUCGUUUUUUUAGUAGCAGUUUUGACAACAAUUUUUCAUAGACAUAAUAUCCAAUCUAGAUGAUGAAUAUCUACCAUUUAGAGAAAACUCUUUUGGCCUUUCUCUCAAUCUCGUCUUGUUCCUCUCUCUUCUAGCUCAUCCCUGUCUAACUUUUUCGCCACCGGCGAAGUCGUCGGCUUAUUCCAGAAGGACGAGCGUGAUGGCAUGGCAGCUGACUGCCGUAACGACUUCAUUCGCGACUGUCCUGGUCAAGAAGAGUCCCUGCCGAACUUGUUCCGCUAUUUCAUGGACAGACUUCGCGACAACCUGCACAUUAUCCUCUGCUUUUCGCCGAUGAACGAGAAGUUUCCGAUCCGCGCGCAGAAGUUUCCGGCGGUGUUUUCUGCGGUGGCAAUUAACUGGUUCUUGCCCUGGCCGCCAGAGGCGUUGGUUGCGGUGAGCAGUUCCUUCUUGUCCAAGUUCGACAUCGAUGCUACGAAGGAGCACAAGGAAGGCCUGUAUGCGCUGCUAGGUUCGUAUCAGGCCAUGGUCGGCGACGUCUGCACCCUCUACUUCCAGCGCAUGCGAAAGCAUGUCUACGUCACCCCCAAGACGUUUUUGUGCUUGAUCGAGUUCUACAAGAAGCUGUACAAGGUCAAAUACGACGACGUCAAUGUGCAAGAACGCUCUGUCAACACUGGUUUGGAGAAGCUGGCUGGAGCAGCCAAGCAGGUGGAGGAGAUGAAGGCGGAGCUGAAAGAAGCCUCGAAAGUUCUUGCUGUAGAGGAAGAGAAGACCAACAAGUUGUUGGCGACUGUCCAGCGUGAGAAGGCCAAAGCGGAGAAGAAAGCGCAAGAAGUGGUUAAGGCUGUACCUAAUACAUCUUUGGACGUAUCCUUGAAACGUAAUAUGGAGGAGUAUCCUAAGGGAGUACUCCCCCAUACUUAUUUUCAAGGAUGCACUUGAAAGAUGAAUUACGGACAGCUCUAAAGUGGGGGUGCAGAAAGCAGCUUGUCAGGAAUCAGCGGACAUGAUUUCGGUCGAAAAGGCUAGUGCUGAAGAAGAACUGAAGAAGGCAAUGCCGUUCUUGCACGAAGCCGAAGCAGCGUGCAAGUCGAUCACGCCGAAGGAUAUUACGGAACUGAAGACGAACAAGAACCCGACCGACGUGAUCAAGCUGACCUUUGACGGCCUCGCGAUUCUGAUGCUCCAGAAAGUCGUCGACCCAGUGCCCAAGCAGUUUAACAUCGCCAAGGUGGAUGGAACCUUCAUCGCGGACAGCUUCCAGGAAUUCACGAAGUUCACGUUGUCCGAUAUGCGAUUUCUGCCAUCAUUACUCGACUUCGCAGCCAACGAGAAGAACAACAUCAACGACGAGACCUGCGAGUUGCUAGAACCGUAUUUGCGUUUCAACGAGAACCAAGCGAAAAACUGGUCGCCAUGGGCAGCACAUCGAAUUCUGGACCCCGCCAUCGCCAAGAAGGCUUCCGGUGCAGCUGAGGGUCUCUGCAAAUUUGUGGGUGCUAUGGUCCAGUACCACGGAGCCGCGAAGAUCGUCACACCGAAGUUGAAUUUUCUCAAGAUUCAAGAAGCCAAACUUGACAAGGCCAUGAAGGAACUCGCGGAGGCUGAAGAAUCCCUGGCGAAAGUGAUGGGCGAGGUCGCCGUCCUCGACGCCCAACUGCAAGAGGCCAUGGACAAAAAGAACGUUUUAGAACAGAAUGCAACGGCCAUGAAACGCAAGAUGGACGCAGCCAACAAGCUGCUGAACGGUUUGAGUGGCGAGAACGCACGUUGGACAGAGGACAGCAAAAACUUUGCGAUUCGUCGUGUGCGAUUGGUGGGCGAUAUUGCUUAUGAGAAGAUGGUCGUUUGUGAAGAACAAGGUGAUAAUCAGUUAGUGGGUAGUACCUAUCAGCUGUUUGUACGUGGCAACAUAAUUGUGAAAAGGGGCUCUACUAGUUGUUUCUAAGCCCUCUGGAAAAAAAAGAAACUAAACCUUUCUAAUCCCCUCUCGCAUGUGCCUUCGUUACCUUCUGUGGACCGUUUAACGCAGAAUUUCGAGAGAGGCUGAAUGUAGAGUAUUUCCUAGCGGAAACGCAUAAACGCGGUGUCCCUGCCAGCAGUCAGAUCGAUUUGGUCAAAUUCUUGGUGGAUCAGGGCACGAUUGGCGAAUGGACCUUGCAGGGGCUUCCGGCGGAUGAUUUGUCGAUUCAGAAUGGUACAACUGUGGUAUGAUUAAUUGACUGCAGUAUGUUUUUCAUUUCGUAAUCGUACUUAGGAGCCGUUACGUUGUUGAACAUGAAAAGAACUAGAACGAAACCCCGCAGCAUCCUCCCGCGUAACUCCCAUUCCUUUUCAACAGGUAUCAUGGUCACCCGGUCUUCCCGCUACCCGUUGAUGGUAGAUCCUCAAGGACAAGCGAACCGAUGGAUCAAGUCUCGAGAGGCUGAGCGCAUUGCGGCCAGUCAGGGCAUGGCCAUCACAACACUGUCGAACAACCGCCUAAAGGACUUCAUCGAGUUCACCAUGGGAGAAGGGCUAGUGUUGAUCAUUGAAAACGUGGAGAACGAAAUCGACCCCAUGCUGGACCCGCUGCUAGAUCGCGCUAUCAUCAAGAAGGGCAAGAACUUCUACAUCAACAUCUCGGAUCAGAACAUGGACUACAGUCCCAACUUCUACUUGUUCAUGACGUCGCGCUUGCCCAAUCCGCAUUUUUCGCCAGAACUGUCCGCGAAAUGCACAGUCAUCGACUUCACCGUCACUCUCAAGGGCCUCGAGCAACAGCUGCUAGGACGUGUGCUAUCGAUGGAACAGAAAUCUCUGGAAGAGUCGCUCAGCAACCUGAAGGAAGAAGUCACCAGCAACACGAAAGCGUUGCAGCUAUUGGAUGCGCAACUGUUGGAGCGUCUGUCAAACUCCACCGGAAACUUGCUGGACGAUACGGAAUUGAUUGAGGUGCUGGCUAAUACCAAGGCAAAGGCAACAGAAGUGUCGCAGAAAUUGAAAUUAUGGAUUUCUUGUUGCAAUUCUUCAUUGUUGUUGUUCCACAAUCUGAAUCUGUUUGACCUUGACCUUAGUUCGCUGCUCCUGUCGGAAUAACCUUAAUAUCCUUAUGCUUAAAAUUACCACUUGCACUUCUUUGCAACUUGCUUGGUUACUCUCCUUCUCGGAGAAGCAUCUCUAACUCCUGACGCAGCCGAGAAGGAGAUCGAAAUCAACGAGAAGCGUGAGCAAUUUCGACCCGUUGCAACUCGUGGCUCCAUCAUGUACUUCCAGAUGACGGACAUGACCCUGGUCAGCAACCCCAUCACGGCGCAACCGACAGGGUGGAUGUACAACUGCAGUUUGAUGCAGUUUUUGGAGCAAUUCGAUGUCUCUGUACAACGUAGCGAGAAGUGUGCGCCUACUUCGAAACGCGUGGAGAAGAUCAUUGAUUACCUGACCUACCAAGUGUACCGAUACAUGAACCGCGGCCUGUUCGAACGCGAUAAAAUGACCUUCAAACUCAUGGUGACCCUCAAGAUUUUGGUCAUUGCUGGAGUCUUGAAUUCAGCCGACGUUUCGAUGUUCCUAAAGGCCGGCUCUGCUUUGGAUGUCAAGGCUGAACGACCGAACCCCUUCCGAUGGCUCAGCGAUAAGAUCUGGCUCAAUAUCUUGCAGCUCAGUCGUCAUCCCUUUGGCACAGAACAAUUGUUGUUCUUCAGGGAAAUUGUUGACCUCAUUUCGCGCAAUGAGACAGCUUGGAAGCGCUGGUUCGACGAGAACGAACCGGAGACGUGUCCAGUGCCAGACUUCGAAGAGCGAAUUGUCAUGGAGAGAACAUUGGGAUUUAUGAGGCGUGAUAAAGAUUUCCAAUGCUGUUUUCUUCUCUGACGUAAAUGACUUCCACUAAUAUUCAUGUAAGAUAUCAACUUCCUUUUACGCCUAACUCAAUCUCCCUCCCACAUCAACUCUCUAACGUAAAUGACUACUUGUUUUUUUCAUGUAAAAGAUCAACGAACUUCCUCUUACGUAUCACUCUGGUCCGCUUACGUUUCUAAUUCCCACUUUCUCCGUCUCACUCUGGUCCGCUGCGUCCGCGAAGACAGAACAGGAGUCGGCUGUGCGCAGUUUAUCAAUGCGCAACUCGGUGCGAAGUUCACGGAUCCCGUGACCGAUCCCGUCAGCGAAAUCUUUGAGGAAUCGGGUCCCAGGAAGCCGAUUUUGUACCUCCUUACCGCAGGUUCCGAUCCAACUGCGUCGAUUGAUGAGUUGUUAUGGUGAUGUUGAAAGUCUAAGUAGUUUGAAUCGCAAUGUGUGACAGCUGAUAGUUAGGAAGUUUCAUUCUGAGGAAGAGUCAGUCUCGAUGAUCAUCUAAGUAUAAUUUGCAUGUUCAGCACAUCAAAAAUCGGAUUUCUCUAACCCUCGCCAAAAAGCGCAAACGCUUUCCCACAGACAAAGUCAGCAUGGGUGAAGGCCAGGAGAUCGUCGCCAUGGAAAAAAUGAAGAACGGAUUUCUCAACGGCUCCUGGGUCAUCCUGCAGAACUGCCAUUUGGGUAUCGGUUUCAUGUCACAACAAGAGGAUAUUUUGGGUAAGACACCUGAGAUCAGCGAAGAUUUCCGUUUGUGGAUCACAUGCGAGAUCACACCAAGGUUUCCGAUUGGUCUCCUGCAAAUGGCGAUCAAGGUAACGUUGGAGCCGCCUGCAGGCUUGAAAGCGGGUCUGUAUCGUACCUACACGACGAUCAUGAGCCAGGAAAUGCUGGACAAGAUCGACCACGAAAAAUGGCGCAUCAUCACCUUCGUCCAGGCUUUCCUCCACUCCACAGUGCAAGAACGACGCAAAUUCGGUGCGAUUGGCUGGUGCAUUCCCUACGAGUACAACAACUCGGACCUAGAAGCGUGCCUGAACUUCUUGGAGAAGCACUUGUCGUCAACAGUGACGGUAGGACAGCCUUUGUCCUGGAACACUAUCCAGUACAUGGUUGCGGAAGUGCAGUACGGUGGUCGUAUCACGGAUGAUCUGGACCGUGAACUGUUCGCCACGUACACGUUGAAGUGGUUCAAUGACGAAAUCUUCAAACCGACAUUCAUUAUGGCGUCGAUUGAAACUAUUGCUCGUUCUCACACAGAGAGUUCUUUUUGAGUGGUUAGUUCCCAUGAUACGAGGAAUAUUGUGACUUGAUGUAGAAGGCGUCAUGAAUUGGAAAGCCGUCGCUUUCGCAUUCAUCCUCUUCUAAUCUGAAAUUCAACAACUACGCUUCCGAUUUCGACUACCGUGUCCCUGAAGGCCUUGAGAUUCAGACCUACAAAGAUUUCAUCGAUCUGGUGCCCUCAAUUGACUCUCCGCUUGUCUUCGGUCUACACACAAACGCGGAUCUCACCUACCGACUGAAGGAAGCUAGCGAGAUGUUGUCUACCAUUCUGGAAACGCAGCCAAAAGACAGCGGCGGUGGCAGCGGAAAGUCGACAGUUAAGAGGAAUCAAAAAUGUUUUGUUGGUUUUCGUUGUUGGGUGAGAGAGCGUAAGUUGCUCAAUUUCACUGCCCAUUAACUUAGAAUGAGUGGCUCAGACGCUGGAGUGAAGCCAAACCGAGUUCAGUCGAGCACGCUCAGUCAAACUUCUUCCUGCAUGAUGUCACUGCCCAUCAGGAUUUUCGAAUGAAUAGCAACGUUGAGUAAUAAAGGCAACCUUUUUACUUGUUCAGUCGGUCCCUUGCCCUUUACUAAGUCAAAUAAACCCUUCCUCUUCCUCUUCUAACCUCCACGAAAUCGUGAAAGAUAUCUGCCAGGACUACCUCAGCAAGAUGCCUCCAGACUUCGUCGAGGAGAUCUUUCGUGCCUCGAUUACAAAGCUUCGAGGACCACCAGGCGUCGCAGAUAAGGGUUUUGGUGCACCACUGAACAUCUUCCUGUUCCAAGAGCUGCAGCGUCUGCAGAACAUCAUCGGCAUCGUUCGUCAGAACUUGCAGUCGCUGAUCAUGGCAAUCGAUGGAACCGUCGUGAUGACUCCCGAACUGUUGCAGGAUUUGAACAGCGUGUUUGACGCCAAAGUGCCGUCUCGCUGGACGCACGACCCGUCGGGAGCUGAAAUUUCGUGGUUGAUGCCGACAAUUGGCGCUUGGUUCACUGGGUUAUUGGAUCGUCAAAUCCUGCUGAACACCUGGCUCGAGAACGGACGUCAACACAUGAAAGCCUAUUGGCUCACUGGAUUUACGAAUGCUCAAGGUAAUUUUAAUUUGUUGUUUUGACACCUAGACAUUGUCUACAAGAACUGCAAUGUCAUAAGACUCCUUACCUUUUACUUACCUGACGAGAUGAUCCGACUACUUUUUUCUUUGCAAAAACGACUUGCCCACAUUAUAGCAUGCCGUUGCAAUCAAUCCAAACCAAGGUUUCCUCACCGGUGUCCGACAGGAAGUGACUCGUCAGCACAAGAAGGAUCAGUGGGCUUUGGAUGAUGUCAUCACUCAUACGGAAAUUCUGAUGCAUGACGUCGAACGAAUCAAAGACACGCCGGAUGAAGGGCAGAAUAUCCAUGGUCUCUUCAUGGAAGGCGCACGUUGGAACCGCCAAGAGGGAAAGAUCGACGAAUCCGAACCGAAGAAAUUAUUCAUUCAGGUAAUACAAAUUUGUUACUCAGGAGCAGCAGUCAGAUUUUUUUUCUUGUCACAGAUUCAUCUCCUUAAGUCAAGUCAAUCCAGGAUUUUCCAACCGUCCCCAACUACAUUUUUCUCCCUCUCAGAUGCCCGUCAUCUACGUAACGGCAGUCACGGCUAAAGAGCAGAAGCAGAAAAAGGGAGAGUAUGGCCACCAUGCGCCAUACGACUGUGCGGUUUACAAGUAUCCACGACGCAACGACAAGUAUCUGAUCUUCCGACUACUCCUGAAAACCGUCGACGUGCACAACAGCCACUGGAGACUGCGUGGUGUCUGCCUGUUGGCGCAGAUCGAGUAA